AUGGAUAAUGCAAACCUGUGGACCCGCCGGGCAAACUCCUCUAAGUUGUCCCUCUCCACCCCCGGGGCAGACGUCAAAGAUGGUGCCCGGGUCGAACUGCCCCGCCCAUCGAAGCGGUUUGGGCCCGACAGCUCCCAUGGCCGCUCAAAUCCUUUUAAUGCAAUGUCCCCUCUAUCCGGCGGCGUUUCUUCGCCAUCCACCAAUGCCUCUUCCGCCUUCGGUUUAGGAUCCGGCGCAUUCGCCUCCUUCGGUGCACCCAAGACUCCCGGUGGAUCCGAGCUGAAGACACCCGGCGAACGACGGGAAGUACUGAUGGAACACGACGAGGCUCAACACGCCUUUGACCACGUCCUCUCUGCUCCUGGCGAGCAUGGUCUCAAGUCGACAUGGAUUGUCUGGUACCGCCCUCCCACACCCAAAUAUUCCGACUACGAGAAGUCCACUGUCCCAUUGGCUUCUAUAAACUCAGUAGAGAGCUUCUGGGCUGUCUACUCCCACCUCAAGCGCCCUUCUCUUCUUCCGACAGUUUCCGACUACCACAUUUUCAAGAAAGGUAUCCGCCCCGUCUGGGAAGACGAGGCCAACAAGCGAGGAGGCAAGUGGAUUGUGCGCUUCAAGAAAGGUGUAUCUGAUCGAUACUGGGAGGAUCUCCUCCUGGCUAUGGUUGGAGACCAAUUCGCGGAGGCUGGGGACGAAGUCUGCGGUGCCGUCCUGAGUGUCCGCGGUGGUGAGGAUGUGCUCAGUGUCUGGACCCGGAUUGACGGAGGGCGCAACAUUAAGAUUAGAGAAACAAUCAAGCGCCUGCUAGCCUUCCCGACAGACACCAAUAUCAUCUGGAAGAGCCACGAUGACAGCAUUGCACAGCGGUCUGCUAUUGACCAGGCCCGCCACGAGAAGUCCGUGACCGGCACGGGACACCAAGAACGGCGACGCCCAGGUCAAGACGACUCAGACAAGGGUAAGCCAGCCGUUGCCCUCUAG